AUGAAGCAACGAGAAGAGGAUGUCGAGUCCCAAGCUCAGCUACUUUCUAAGGAGAGUCAGUCACCAUCGAGCGAAGAAUUUGACUACGACGAACCCGAAAACAGUCACCAAAAUCAGUCAUCACGCCGUAGACGUCGGAUAGAACAGAAUCCUUUAUGGCGCCGUAUCCAGUCGUUCACGUUACCUAUCUGGGCGCCUUGUCGCAAAUUCAGCCCUAAAUACUACGUCUUCGCCAUUGUCGUAUCCUUACUCAUCACGCUGUUCAUCUUUAACCCCUAUUCCCCGACAAUACCUACCCAGCAUCAGACAGACGUCGACGUGUCUCCCGGAACCCCAACAAGUACUAUCGCAUCCUCUACAAAAGCCGCAAAGCCCACCGAGAGUUCAACACCUGCAUACAAACCACCAAAACUCGAGGCCAACGACAAAUAUUGCACCACAUGGCCCGUGGGCGAAGAUGGCCGAUACGAACCCAAGGGAGCUAGCCGAGCCAACAAGAUCAAGAUAGAUAGCAUUGCUCCUAAAGGUGGAUGGAAAAAACCAGCGGGUAUCAAAGUCAUCGCAAAUCUGGCAUCGAAUGGCGGCUACUUUGACGAGGUGUGGUUUAUGGCCCACACCAAGGAAAAAGACGAUGUUAGCUGGAUAGAAGAUCUUGUCCAAAAGACUCCCGGUUAUAAGAUUGUUUAUAUCCACCCCGACGCCAUCCCUCAACUUGUCCAUACUCGCAUUGCCCUACCUCAUCCGUAUGCCAUCUCGUCAAACCUAGUUAACAGUCCCGUCACGGGAAUGGAGCAAUAUCACUACGGUGCGAUCCACCCCUUUCUCCCGGACCCGAGCAGCAAGCCUUCGUUUCAUGCUGCGGAGACGUGGCGCGCUUCCGAAAAGAAGAAAUAUCCUAAAGACCAACUGGUGGACGAAUAUAAGAUCAUGGACAUGGAACCGUCGUACCGCGGCCACCCUUGGCUCCUUAUAUCUGACGACCACUAUGACCUACUGAAAACACCCAUGGGAAAAUACGACCAGAACCGUGGUUCCGACCCAAUUGCAUUCGGUUUGGCGUGGAAGUCGUGGGCUAUCGGCGCGCAGCAACAAUAUUCUCUCUUGUACAAUCUUGAGCAGAAUAAGAUGCAACGCUAUUUCUUCGGCCGAAAUAUCCGAUACCCGGAAAGCGCUUUGGGACCCAAUGCUUCCGCAGUAGUCUUCCCUAACGGGGACGGCCCCGGUGGUGAGCAGACAUAUGAUACCGGGUACAACCGAUACAACUUGAACUUCUGCGCCGUAUGGGGUUCCGAUAUCAGGGAUCAACUACCCAUUGCCGACGAUGACGAGCAAGAUAUCACUGCGGAUAUUCCUAGACGCAUUGGACGGCCAUUCGUAAUCGACACCCCUCCGUAG